CGGGUUUCGUCUAAGUAGUGCCUCGUGGUAAACGGUCACUAUUAACGCUUAAGCAAGUGUUCGCCACAAUCUCGCGUGUCAAAAAUGGCCACGUCAUGGAUGCUCUUGUCUACCGUGGCAUUAGUUUUGGCAACAUGUGAAUAUUCGGCUACCAUGACGUCCACAACGACCACUCCAAAGCCGAAAAUAAAAAAUUGCGGAUAUAAGGCAUGUCAAUCGACAAAAGAAGGAUACAUCAAUGUGCAUAUCGUACCCCACACUCACGACGACUUCGGUUGGCUGAAAACCGUCGAUCAGUAUUUUUACGGCAGUAGCUCGAAGUACCAGAAAGCGGGGGUGCAAUACAUUCUAGACAAUGUCGUCGAUUCCCUCAGGAAAGAUAAAAACCGCAAGUUUAUCUACGCCGAAACCGCUUUCUUUUGGCAAUGGUGGAUCAAGCAGCACGACAUAAUAAAGAGUCGCGUAAGGAAACUCGUCAACUCCGGUCAGUUGGAGUUUAUUGGCGGCGGUUGGUCUAUGAACGACGAGGCGACUACUCAUUAUCAGUCGAUCAUCGAUCAGAUGACUUGGGGUCUGAGGAAAUUAAACGAAACUUUCGGCCAAUGCGGUCAUCCUAAAUUAGGUUGGCAAAUCGACCCAUUCGGUCACAGCAGGGAAAUGGCUUCUAUAUUCGCUCAACUCGGUUUUGACGGCGUGCUCCUUGGCAGAAUCGAUGCGGAUGAAAAAGUGUACCGGAUGAAGACUAAAACUGCCGAAAUGGUGUGGCGAGGCAGCAAUAGUUUGGGGGAAGCUAGCGACAUCUUCACGGGCGUCAUGUACAAUAGGUACUCGCCACCCCCGGGGUUUUGUUUCGACAUUUUGUGCUCUGAUGAACCUAUUAUAGAUGAUAGAAAGAGUUUUGAAUAUAACGUAGAUCAAAGAGUGGAUGACUUCUUGGAGUAUGCCAAAAACGUCUCGAGUGUCUACGCUACCGACAACAUCAUCAUCACUAUGGGGGAAGACUUCAACUACCAAGACGCCGAGGCAUGGUUUACCAAUUUGGACAAGCUUAUAUAGUAAAUCGAAGCAAUAAUAAUGGAUUAUGGUGUGUCAUCUAAACGUAUUUACUUCAAAUUCAACCUGUUUUACUCGACGCCGUCGUGCUACGUCAAAGCGAUACACGAUGAAACCAAUGGGAAGAAAGAUUUUCUCCUGAAACAAGACGACUUCUUCCCGUACGCGUCAGACAGACAUACCUUCUGGACCGGCUACUUCUCAUCCAGGCCCACGAUCAAAAGGUUCGAAAGAGAAGGUAAUAACUUUCUGCAGGUGUGCAAACAGCUCUACGCGUUGACCGACCUGGGUCCCGAAGAUCGCGUCGACCUGAACGUCAUGAGAGAGGCGAUGGGAACGAUGCAGCAUCACGACGCUAUUGCCGGAACGGAGAAGCAACAUGUGGCUGAAGAUUACGCUAGGAGGCUCCAACGAGGUAUCGACGAUUGCGAAAUAAUAACAAACGUAGCUUUGAAUAAACUCAAAACAUCACCCGCAAAAGAAACACCCAAAGUCAAUUUCACCACGUGCCCACUGGUAAACGUAAGUCAAUGCGCGUUCACAGAAACAGAAAAAACAUUCGUGGUAACAGUUUACAAUCCGCUGAGCAGGCCGGUUACUAAGUUCUUGCGUCUUCCAGUCUCUGGACAGGCGUACAUAGUCAAAGAUCCCGAUGGUAACGAACUCGUUAUUCAAAUUGUGCCCAUCGCCAAGCCCAUCCUCAGAAUCCCGGGAAGAGAAAGCAAGGCUGUUGUGGAACUCAUCUUCAUGGCUGAAAAUAUCCCGCCGCUAGGUUUCAAAUCUUAUUUUGUUCAAGAAGUUAGCAGCUAUCGCAAGUCAAAACCUAAACGACUACCUCAAACGGACUUCAAGGAGUCUGCAAAGUUUACGUUUGACGAAAAUACAGGACUUCUCGAAAGCAUACUGGUAAAUGACAUAUUCUUGCCAGUACACCAGACGUUUAUGCUAUACGAAGGCUACGUGGGAGAUAACGAAAAACCCGAGAACCGUUCUUCUGGUGCUUACAUCUUCAGACCUACAACGAACUUUUCGAAAAAAGUCUCGACCUCUGUCGAUUAUCAGGUCUUUACGGGUGAACUGGUAUCCGAAAUUCAUCAAACUUUCACCGAAUGGAUCAGUCAAGUGAUUAGGGUCAACGCCCGGGACAAAUACGUCGAGUUUGAUUGGCUGGUGGGACCGAUACCCACGGACGAACCCAACGGUAAAGAAGUGAUAACGACGUUCCAAACUCAAAUAGCAACCGAGGAAUUCUUCUACACCGACUCUAAUGCGAGAGAGAUGCUGCGCAGAAAGCGAAACUUUAGACCCACAUGGGAUGUUACGUUGGAAGAACCGGUAUCGGGAAACUAUUAUCCAGUGACGUCGAAAAUUGCUAUCAGGAAUGAUAGCACGAAUGUGGAGUUUGCCGUUCUUACCGACAGAGCGCAAGGAGGAAGCAGUUUGUUGGACGGCCAAAUCGAGCUGAUGGUUCAUCGUCGUUGCUUGCAUGACGACGCGUUUGGGGUGGGGGAGGCUUUGAACGAAACUGCUUUCGGAAAGGGGUUGGUGGUCAGGGGAUCGCAUUAUAUAACAGUAGGAAAUAUUUCGUCUUCAGAAAAAACCAUUAGCGCCAUCGAGAAGGAUAUAGCCCAACGGAGGUUGCUGGACAGUUGGAUAUUUUUGUCGUCGCCGAGCGGGCUAACGUACGAGGAAUAUAAGCAGAAUUAUAUCACUCAGUACUCUGGACUGACGCACGCCCUACCAGACAACGUUCAAAUACUGACUUUGGAACCUUGGCAAGGAAUUACGUUCUUACUGAGGCUCGAACACGUGUUUGAAAUAGGCGAGGAUCCACUGCUGUCUAAACCUGUCACCGUCAAACUGAAGGACCUCUUCACUGCAUUCGAAAUAACGUCUCUCAGGGAAACAACACUGGCCGCUAACGAAUGGUUAGAAGAUAGUGAACGUUUGAAGUUUAAGACGAACGGCACCAUGGAAGAAUUAAUAUCUGGGGAAUACUACACUUUUAAAGGGGAUGAGAUGUUUGCGCGAAAUUUGGUGCACAAUACGAUGGCGUACAAGAAAACAGAGAGGAAAAGGGAAGUCGUGAUCAACGCGAACGAUUACGCGGAAGAAUUUGAGGUGGUUUUGGCUCCGUUGCAAAUUCGUACCUUUAUAAUUGACAUAAAAAAACAUUGAAUUUAUAACAUAAAUAGAUACUGUAAUAAACA